AUGCAGAUGAUGAAGUAUAUUGAAAACAGUACAACUAAUCUUAUCAAUUCAACUACUGAGUCUAUGUUAAAUGACACUUGGAUGAAUAAUACAACAACAAUAGGGAUGAAUAUAACAAACAAUACAAUCAUAAUGAAUGAAACUUCAAAUAAUACAACAGUAGUUUAUCAUCAGGAGAAUUUAAGUACAAUCACCUCAUAUCCUACUUUCAAUAUAAUCUCUAAGGAAACAACAGAAGUUGACAUAGAUUCAUGGUCAUCAUCAUCCUCCCCAUCAUCAUCAACACCUCAGAUAUCACGUAUAGAAGAUAGUGAAUCUGAACAUAUUUAUCGUUCAUUCUCAGCACCAGUUGAUAUAACACAUACAAAUAGUGGACAAGCUACAUUGAAACAUCAACAAUUAUUAUUAAGACAUUCAACGGAACAAAGUGAACACAAUGGAUUAUCCCAUGGUGGUAUUGUCAGUCUCUCUAUACUGGGUGUCACUUUUGGCUUAUUAUUAUUGAUUUGGUUUUGUAAACGCUGUUUACUAAAAAAACGUCGAUCGAAAAAAGAUGGUAAGAAAAUGUCACUAGCUGGUGGAAAGUUAGCAGCUGACUUAAAAACAGCAGCUCAUUUAUCAGAAGCAUUAAAAAGUCAAGACAGCGUUGCAUUGAAAUCUGACAUGGAAAUGAAUGAACAGGAACAAGCAGGUGAAUUAGAGAAACAACAUCUUGGAAAAUUGCAAUUUUCAUUGGAUUAUGAUUUUCAAAAGGCUGAGUUAACAGUUGGUGUCAUUCAAGCAAAUGAUUUACCGGCUAUGGAUAUGUGUGGUACUUCUGAUCCCUAUGUAAAAGUUACUCUAUUACCGGAUAAAAAGAAAAAAUAUGAAACGAAAGUACAUCGGAAAAUUUUAAAUCCUGUAUUUAAUGAAACAUUUGUUUUUAAGAUUCCCUAUGCUGAAAUCAGUUCUAAAACUAUUUCAUUUACUGUUUACGACUUUGAUCGAUUUUCUAAACAUGAUCAAAUUGGACAAAUCAAAGUACCAUUAAGUACCGUAGAUUUAUGUAAUGUAAUUGAAGAAUGGUGUGAACUAAGUCCUCCAGAAAGGGAAGGUGAAAAGGAAAAUCGUUUAGGUGAUAUUUGCUUUUCAUUACGUUAUGUUCCAACAUCUGGUCGAUUAAAUGUGAACAUAUUAGAAGCAAAAAAUUUGAAAAAAAUGGAUGUCGGUGGACUUUCAGAUCCAUAUGUAAAACUUUCAUUAAUGUUUAAUGGUAAACGUAUUAAAAAGAAAAAGACAACAAUUAAAAAGUAUACAUUGAAUCCUUAUUAUAAUGAAUCAUUUGCAUUUGAUGUACCAUUUGAUCAAAUACAAAAAGUCAAUUUAAUUGUUACUGUUGUUGAUUAUGAUCGUAUUGGAACAUCUGAACCAAUAGGUCGUGUUGUAUUAGGUUGUAAUGCAACAGGAGCAGCACUUCGUCAUUGGUCUGAUAUGUUAGCUAAUCCAAGACGUCCUAUAGCACAAUGGCAUACAUUACAAGAUAUGCCAGAAAAAAAUUAA